AUGAGUAAUGCAAAAUCUGAUGGCGAGAAUUAAAAAUUUAUUAUGGGUGAUGAACCUUUGAGAUUUCAAAAUUAUGUUGCUGGAUAGGAUGAACAACAAGUUCCACAAUAAGAUCAAAAUUUAGAAUACUACAAUGAAUAUCUGAGAUCUAUACAUAGCUAAUGUCGUCUUAACAAAUUAAGUACUCUUUAGAAUUUAUAUUAGUUAAAAGAACUUUUGAAUGAAAAGAAUGAACUAGUCACUAAAUUAAAUAAAUUAGAACGUCGAAAUCAAGAGCUCAAUUCGAAUGUUGAAGAAACUGGAGAAGAAAGAAAGAAAAGAUUGAGAAGGCCAGCAUAAGAAAUCGAAAGACAUUUUACUUGUCCUGUUGAUAAUUGCUAAAAGAAAUACGGAGCUGAAGGGUCUCUCAACUAGCACAUAAAACUUAAACAUCCAGAACUAGUGAAGGAUAGAGCUUUUUAUAAAUCAAAUGAAUAAUCGCAAUAACAAGGAGAGCCUGAAUCAUUAUCAGAUCUUAAGCAAGAAUAAAUUUAAUGACAAAUAAUUAACAUAAUAUAAGUUAUUUUAAACAUACCUAUAAA